AUGUUUCGCCUCUUGCUCACUCGCGUCAGCGGGUCGGUAACUCGUCGACGUGCGCUCGGUGCGGACACGCAGCGCUGGCUUAAUUCAGCACGCUCUCGCUACCACACCGGUAAUUCAGUGGUAGGAGCUCCUGUACGUGGUGUAGGCGUCGCGGGUGCUUACCAUUCACUGAGGUCGGCGUUGAGUUGGCGUUUACAGGCAGAGUUCCGGCGAGGGGCAUCGAGUUCGGCGUUUGCGCCGCUGGACCUGUUCUACAAACGACAUACCGGCUCUGGGAACCCGGAAGCGAACGAAAAAAUGCUUCAGGUUCUUGGUGUGAAAAGUAUCGAAGAACUGAUGGAUCAGACGAUUCCCAAGUCGAUUCGCACGACGCGGAAGCUGAGCGUUGGGCCAAAGCGCGCCGAGUCUGAGGUGCUCGCUGAGCUGCGGCAGAUCGCGAAACAGAACGAACUGCGACGUAACUUUAUCGGCUGCGGGUACUAUGGUACCAUCAUGCCUCCAGUCAUUCAGCGAAACAUCCUGGAAAACCCUGCCUGGUAUACGCAGUACACUCCAUAUCAAGCUGAAGUUGCGCAGGGACGCUUGGAAUCCCUGCUGAACUUCCAGACAAUGGUGGGGGACCUCACGGGCCUGCCUAUAGCGAAUGCCUCACUGCUUGACGAGGGAACUGCGGCAGCCGAAGCGAUGAGUAUGUGUGCUGCUGUCUCGAAGCGCAAGAAGCUUCGAUUUUUCGUCGACAAGGAUGUGCAUCCGCAAACGAUUGCAGUCAUGAAGGUGCGUGCAGAGCCCAUGGACAUCGAGCUUGUCGUGGACAACUGGCAGCAGGUGCAGUGGGAUGGAGCCGACUUGUGUGGUGCGCUGGUGCAGUAUCCCGCAACGGACGGCACGAUCCAUGACUAUACGUCGUUUGUGGAGAAUGCGCACGCGCAUGGCACACGCGUCGUUGUUGCAUCAGAUCUCCUGGCUCUGACGAUGCUGCGACCGCCUGGAGAAUGGGGAGCUGAUAUCGCCGUGGGCAGUGCACAGCGCUUCGGUGUUCCCAUGGGGUAUGGUGGUCCAUCGGCUGCGUUUUUCGCCUGCCGUGACGAUCUCAAGCGUCUCAUGCCAGGGAGAAUUAUCGGCAUUAGUCGCGACGCUCAGGGCAAACCGGCACUGCGCAUGGCGCUGCAGACCCGCGAACAGCAUAUUCGUCGCGAUAAGGCAACAAGCAACGUCUGCACCGCUCAAGCGUUGCUUGCGAACAUUUCCGCAAUGUAUGGGCUGUAUCAUGGACCGGAUGGCCUCCGUGCUAUCGCCAAUCGCGUACAACGCUUCGCCCGCACCUUCGCCGCUGCAGUCGGCGUGGGUGUCAGCGAAAAGGCUGCAAUUUUUGAUACCGUGCGCAUCGAUUACCCGACCACAGAGGCGGCGCAAGCGGUGCUAGCGCGCUGCGAUGCGGCAAAACUGAAUGUACGAUCUCUGGGGCCCCGCUCAAUUUCUGUAUCGUUCGACGAAACGCAUACUCGCGACGACCUCCAGGAGCUUGUCUCAGCUUUUCGCGGUCCGCAACGUCCAUGCUCUGGCGAGGAGCUGGAGCAAAUCGCUGCAUCGCUGCCACCGAGCGGUUUUGGCGGCCUCGAGCCGAACCUUGCCCAGGCCUUCGAACGAACAACCGCAUACAUGACGCACCCGGUAUUUCACGAGUAUCGCACGGAGCACAAGAUGCUCCGAUACAUCCAUCAACUAGCAGCCAAGGAUUUGUCGCUGGUGCACUCCAUGAUUCCUCUGGGCAGCUGCACGAUGAAGCUGAACGCCACCAGCGAGAUGAUCCCUGUAUCGUGGCCAGAGUUCUCCCUGCCGCAUCCCUUUACACCACCCGAACAAUUGCGCGGCUACCAACGAUUGUUUGCAGAUCUCGAACGUGAUCUCGCGGAUAUCACAGGAUUCGCAGCCGUGUCUCUGCAGCCGAACAGCGGCGCCCAGGGCGAAUACGCCGGCCUGAUGACCUUUUUGGCGUACCACAAGGCCCGCGGCCAGCACCAACGCAAGGUAUGCAUUGUACCGACAUCGGCGCAUGGAACAAACCCAGCGAGCGCCAAAAUGGCAGGUAUGCGUAUCAUCCCGGUCGGUACCGACGCCCAGGGCAACAUCGAUAUCGCCGAACUGCGUGCUCGCGCGGAGCAACAUCGAGAUCAGCUCGCCGCAGCCAUGAUCACGUAUCCCUCCACGCACGGAGUGUUCGAGGAGGGCAUCAAGGAAAUCUGCGACAUCAUUCACACAAACGGAGGUCUGGUGUAUAUCGAUGGGGCAAACCUGAACGCGCAGAUGGGCCUCACGUCGCCCGCGGAGAUCGGCGGCGAUGCGUGUCACCUGAACCUGCACAAGACGCUGACGAUCCCGCACGGCGGCGGCGGGCCCGGCGUCGGCGCGAUCGCCGUGACAGAGGCGCUGGCGCCUUUCCUGCCGUCGCAUCCGGUGCGCCCGGUGGCGAGCGCACACCCCGAUACCGCGAUUGGGCCGAUUGCGGCGGCGCCGUACGGCUCUGCAUCCAUCCUGCCGAUUGUGUGGAUGUUUGUGAAAAUGAUGGGUAGCGACGGCUUGCGCGAGGCCAGCGAACAGGCGAUCCUGAAUGCGAAUUACAUGGCGGCGCGCUUGUCGCCGGCGUAUCCGAUUCUGUAUCGCGGGAAGCACGGACGAUGCGCACAUGAGUUUAUCCUGGAUCUACGUCCGUUCAAGCUUAGUGCAGGUGUUACGGAAUCGGACGUGGCGAAACGCCUUCAGGACUAUGGAUUCCAUUCUCCUACCAUGUCAUGGCCGGUGGCUGGAACGCUUAUGAUUGAACCGACGGAGAGCGAGAGUAUCGAUGAGCUCGAUCGGUUUUGCGAUGCGAUGCUGAUGAUUCGCGAAGAGAUUCGCCAGAUUGAGCAGGGUCGCUGGGAUCCGCAGCACAAUCCGCUCAAGUAUGCACCACACACGGCAGAGGUGGUCAGUGCGGAUACCUGGGAUCGGCCGUAUCCGCGCGAGAUUGGCGCCUUCCCGGCAAGCUGGCUCUACGCGCGCGGCAAGUUCUGGCCGCGAACCUCUCGCAUCGAUGACGUGUACGGUGAUCGGAAUCUGGUGUGCUCGUGUCCACCGGUACCCGAAAUGAUGCACCCGUCAACGACCGGUUCUGCUGCAAGGUCCGGCACCGAUGAGGGACGUGUCCGAACGGCAGUCGCGAGCUCUUGA